AUAUGGACUAUUAACCAGGCUGUCUUUGUGAAUGCCUCCAGCAUGAAAACUAAUGCAGACGAAAUCCUGACAAGACGACAGCUGUUCGUAAUCCAGAGGCUGCAGAUACUUCCAAGCCUCUAGAAAUUUUAUCACAUUCACCAGCUUAUUGGAUAAUAUCCUUAUGCUGUGAUUUCAUACAUGAUAAAUUGGUCUAAAAUGGCUGGGUUUCUAUCUGAAUAAGUCACUGAAGCCAUCCCAGAAGGUCUGCAUCCAAAAAAGGAGGCUCAUGUUCAGAGAAAUGGGGUGACUGACCCAGAGCCACACAGAUUUGUAAGUGGCACAGGAAGAUUCCAUGACAAGUCUUUUGACUCCAAAUCCCAUCUUCUUUCCCUCAAGAGAAAAUGGUGCUGUAGAAUUCACGUGCAUUUGUGUCUGAGACUAAUUAACCCAGGAGAUCAAAAUGAUCCUCAACUCUUCCGCUGAAGAUGGUAUCAAAAGAAUCCAAGAUGACUGUCCCAAAGCUGGAAGGCACAAUUACAUAUUUGUCAUGAUCCCUACUUUAUACAGUAUCAUCUUUGUGGUGGGGAUAUUUGGAAACAGCUUGGUGGUUAUUGUCAUUUACUUUUACAUGAAACUGAAGACAGUGGCCAGUAUUUUUCUUCUGAAUUUAGCCCUGGCUGACUUAUGCUUUUUACUGACUUUGCCACUGUGGGCGGUCUACACCGCUAUGGAAUACCGCUGGCCCUUUGGCAAUUACCUCUGCAAAAUCGCGUCAGCCAGCGUCAAUUUCAACCUCUACGCUAGUGUAUUUCUGCUCACGUGCCUCAGCAUUGAUCGCUACGUGGCCAUCGUUCACCCAAUGAAGUCCCGCCUCCGGCGCACAAUGCUUGUAGCCAAAGUCACCUGCAUCGUUAUUUGGCUACUGGCUGGCUUGGCCAGUUUACCAACUAUAAUCCAUCGAAAUGUAUUUUUCAUCGAGAACACCAAUAUCACAGUUUGUGCUUUCCAUUACGAAAUGCAAAAUUCAACCCUCCCUGCUGGGCUGGGCCUAACCAAGAACAUACUGGGUUUCUUGUUUCCUUUUCUGAUCAUUCUUACAAGUUAUACUCUUAUUUGGAAGACCCUAAAGAAGGCUUAUGAGAUUCAGAAGAACAAGCCAAGAAAUGAUGAUAUUUUCAAGAUCAUUGUGGCAAUCGUGCUUUUCUUUUUCUUUUCCUGGGUCCCCCACCAGAUAUUCACUUUCCUGGAUGUGCUGAUUCAGCUGGGCGUCAUACAUGACUGUAAAAUUACAGAUAUUGUUGACACUGCCAUGCCCAUCACUAUUUGCAUAGCUUACUUUAAUAAUUGCCUUAAUCCUCUCUUCUAUGGCUUCCUCGGGAAAAAAUUUAAAAAGUAUUUUCUCCAGCUUCUGAAGUACAUCCCCCCAAAGGCCAAAUCCCACUCGAGCCUAUCAACAAAAAUGAGCACGCUUUCCUACCGCCCUUCAGAUAAUGGAAGCUCCUCCACCAAGAAGCCUGCCCUGUGUGUUGAGGUUGAGUAAUGCACUUGAAGUCUGUCUGUGAAGUGAUCUUCUGAAAAAAGGGGCAAGAGAAACAUUCCUCAACCGCACUUCACUACCAAAUAGGCAUCAGCUACCUUU